AAAUAUUAGCUUGUAAAUUUUGUUGAUGGCUUUGCUCUUCAUUUUACCAGUCUAGCAACCAUGUCUGCACUAUAUCCAAUACCAGAGGGAAUACGUGCUGCUGCAAGCACUAGAGUUUCGAAUGAACUAGGAGCAGGGAACCAGCGUUCUGCUCGUUUUGCUGCCUUCACUGCCUUGACGAUUGCGGUAUUAGAGUCGGUUACCGUCUCUGCAGCCCUCGUUUCCAGUAGGCAUGUUUUCGGUUAUGUUUUCAGCAAUGACAAGGAAGUUGUUAGUUAUGUCACAGACAGGGCUCCUUUGCUAGCGGCGUCUGUUAUUUUGGAUACUUUACAAGCUGUCCUCUCAGGUAUUGCAAGGGGAUCGGGAUGGAAGGAUUUGGGGGCUUAUAUCAACCUUGCUGCAUACUAUCUUUGCGGUGUUCCGGGUUCCGGCGUAUUGGGAUUUUGGGUUCAGAUGAGAGGAGAGGGACUUUGGAUUGGAAUACAGUCUGGUGCCUUGCUGCAAAUACUUUUGCUCUCUGCCAUAACGAAUUGUAUAGAUUGGCAUAAGCAGGUCUGGUCUGUCUCCAUUAUUCUCUUUAUACCUUCAUCAUCUUAUUCCGUGACUUGAACACGAUCAUAUUCUCGU